GAUCUACGGCCGGUAUAUAAAAGUAUCGAUAACAAUGAGUGAGCCUCAAUCGAAGAAAGUCAAGAUGACGAGCUCUUUAGCACAGUUAAAAGAAAUCACAACAAUUGUCGCCGACACCGGUGACUUUCAAGCUAUGGAACAGUUUAAACCCAUAGAUGCAACUACAAAUCCUUCUUUAAUUCUUGCUGCAGCCAAUCAAAAAAAAUAUGCUCAUUUAUUAGAUAAAGCGGUGCAAUAUGGAAAAAAAUUUGGAUCCACUCUAGCAGAACAAAUUGAAGCAGCUUUAGAUAUCACAUGUGUCCUUUUUGGUAAAGAAAUUCUAAAUAUCAUACCAGGUAGAGUUUCGACGGAAGUGGAUGCUAGAUUGUCUUUCAAUAAAGAAGCUAGCAUUGAAAAAGCAAAACGACUAAUUGCUUUAUACGAAGAACUUGGUGUAAAUAAAGAUCGUGUAUUGAUUAAGCUGGCUUCUACUUGGGAAGGAAUUCAAGCAGCAAAAGAAUUGGAAGAAAAGUAUGGAAUUCACUGCAAUUUGACAUUGCUGUUUUCUUUUGCACAAGCAGUCGCGUGUGCAGAAGCAGGUGUGACUCUUAUAUCCCCAUUCGUUGGCAGAAUUUUAGAUUGGUAUGUAUCAAAUACAGAUAAAAAGUCUUAUGAACCCAAAGAAGACCCAGGUGUUGUGUCUGUUACGAAAAUUUAUAAUUAUUAUAAAAAGUUUGGAUAUAAAACCGUUGUUAUGGGUGCUUCAUUUAGAAACGUUGGUGAAAUUAGGGAAUUGGCUGGUUGUGAUUUCUUGACUAUAAGUCCCAAAUUAUUGGAAGAAUUAGAAAAAAGUAAUGAACCGAUUCGCAAGGUACUUGCACCAGAAUUAGCGAAAAAAAGUGAUCUUCAAAAGAUCAGUUUAAACGAAGCCAAAUUUAGGUGGCUUCUAAAUGAAGAUCAAAUGGCAACAGAUAAAUUAAGCGAUGGUAUUCGCAAAUUUGCGGUAGAUGUACGCAAAUUGGAAAAAUUAUUACAAGAAAAAAUACAAUCUUAAAUGUAAGCAAAACAUCUCUGAAUGUAUUUUUGUAAUAAAUAUUUUAUUUUAAACAAUAAUAUUAAAAAUAAUUAUUUUAAGCAACGAAGUUUCAUUGUAUGAUAUAUAUCACUUUGUAUAUGUACAAAGUGUGAACAGUGUACAAAAUUUAUAUAGAAAUUAUAACAUUUGUAGUAUUAAAUAAAAUUGGGAUUUCU